AUGCCCUCUUCUGGAAUUCGAUUUGGUUUAGGUUCUGAAUCUGACAGUGAUUUUUCAGACAGUGACUGUUCUGAUUGUGAGAUUUUCGAAGGUUCUCAUAGAGAGGUCCGCGAGCUGUGGGAGAAAGCUUCUUUGAAAAAAAUGAAGAAAGCAGGUAAAGCUGGUCUGAGUGAAGAGCCUGGUCCUUCUAAUCUCCACUGUGACACUAACUUUGGGCCUGGUUUUGAAUUUAGAACUGAACAACAUGAUCAAACAUCUUUCUUCUUUCCUGCAAGAAAUCCAGACGGCGGAAAAGAAGCCUCUUCAACUUUCUUCGGAACCGAGAAAUCAGGUAAAGCUGGUCCGAGUGAGAAGUCUGGUCCUUCAGAUCUCCACCAUGACACUAAUUCCAGGCCUGGUUUUGAAUUUAGAACUGAACAACAUGAUCAAACAUCUUCCUUCUUUACUGCAAGAAAUCCAGAUGGGGGAAAAGAAACCUCUUCUUUUUCCUUUGGAACUUAUAGUAGAAAGCCUAAUACAUCUCUAUUUGGUUCGGAAAUGGAGGAAGACAACCGAGCUAAAAACUGUGCUAACUCCAGUUCUUUCAGUAAACCGUCAAAAGAACCGAUACAUCAAAAUAGUUUUGAAGAAGUUGCGGAACAGCCAAGCACAGUGCAAGUUCAGUGUGAAACUCCAAAAUUGCCCAAAGAGAAUCAAAUGAAAAAGGCACCCAAAGUGAAUCAAAAGAAAAAGGCAGCAGAUCAGUCUUAUACCAAGGAAGUUGUAGAAGAAGAAGACGCCUCAAAAUCUUCUCCGCCACAGACCUCUGAUGGGGUUGAUUCUAUCCCAUCUACAAGUGGACAAGUGCAAGGUACAGCUCCUGCAGUUGAUAUCAUGCUUAGCAGAGAAAUGUUGAAGGAGACAGAUGAAUACAAGAAAGCACAAGAAGAAGAAUGGGAGUCCAGGCAACAGCAGUUACAGCUACAGGCAGAAGAAGCUCAGAGGGAACGUAAGAGAAGAAAGUUAGCAAACACGCGAAAGUUGGAGAUGGAAAGAAGGCAAAAGGAGAGGGUAGAUGAAGUGAGAGAGACACAGAAGAAGGAUGAGGAAAGCAUGAACAUGAAGGAACAAAUCCGUGCAGAAAUAACCAAAUCGCUUAAACUUCUUGAACUCAAAUCAUAUAACAUGGCGUCGUUGCUUCGAGGCUUAGGGAUUCCUGUUGGUGGUGGAGCAUCUCCUCUGCCACAAGAGGUGCACGCAGCGUACAAGCGAGCAGUUCUGAAAUUCCAUCCAGACAGAUCAUCAGGAGGUGACUUGAAACAGCAAGUUGAAGCUGAAGAAAAGUUUAAGCUUAUUGCUCGCAUGAAGGACAAAUUUAUAUCCUAA